UAUGAAAUCACGGUAUGAAGUAAAUGUGGGAAACAAAUGUAUGUUGAUCAAUGCGGUUUCGGAUUAUACGAUUAGAAACAGUUUACCCAAUAGCGAUCUGAGCUACAUAAGCCAAAUAAAACAAUUUGCAAGCCAGCAGUUGAAACAACAGUGGACAAUGCUGGAAGAAUAUACUAAAGAAAUGUCUUCUAAUAAAGAAAACGUAUGCUCGACAUUUUUUGGGUCGCUGCCCGAUGAUACAACAGAUGCAAAUAUACAGUCGGAAACAAUCAUACCAUCAAGUACAAACAACCAAGAAGUACCAACAGUAGUUGUUAGUAAUAGUUAUCCGACGUAAAACGACAAGUAUCUAAAAUAUGUAUAUAAUUUAUACAAAAAACGGUAGCACAGUGGGGUCGCGGCAUAGUGGAGACAUUGCAUAGUAGGGUCCAGUAUAGAUUUAAUCUGACAGUGAUUAAAAUCACUAUCAUAAGAAACGCUUCGAUGCAAAUCUGUAGAUAGUGUUUAAUUUUAAAAAAUUGAUGGAUAAUUGCAAAAGCAACAUCAACUUCUAUUAAAAUAAAAUACAAAACCCAUAAUUAUCAUACAAAAAUAGUAUAUUUUUCAAUAUGGUAGCCAUUUGCGUAUAGAAGAUAGAUCGUCGGGACAAA